AUGAAACGAACAGUUCUUACAGCAGAUGGACGUCGACAAUGGAAUCGAUCAGUAAAAUUAGGUGCGCAACUUAUUGCAAUAGGUAUGAUUUAUGUGAUUGGUUGGGUUCCAUAUUCGCUCAUUGUAUUGAUCCAAAUGUUUAAAGGUUUUGAAGAACUUGCUGAUAUUCUUUCGAGAGUUUUGGCUUAUUUCCCAUAUUUUCAAGAAUUAAUACUUCCCUUUGUUGCUAUUUUAUACAUGCCAGAAAUAAAAGGAAAACUUAUUGCUUUUUGUAUGUUUCCAUGCAUGAAUAUUAAACGACGUCAUCAAAAUCAAGUUCAAGUCAUUCAUAAUCAAACCACUAUAACUAAUUUUCAAUCACGAAUUGUUAAUCGUCGCUAA